CUCAAAAUUACUUCAGAUUAUACAAUAUAGAGAGAGAGAAAAAAGAAGAACAGGAAACCGCAAGCACCAGAUUGAUCAAAGUUUCUUUAUUAGGAAAUGGCGGACGGUGAAGAUAUUCAGCCUCUUGUUUGUGACAAUGGAACUGGGAUGGUCAAGGCAGGGUUUGCUGGAGAUGAUGCUCCUAGGGCUGUAUUUCCCAGUAUUGUGGGUAGACCUCGUCAUACUGGUGUAAUGGUUGGCAUGGGCCAAAAGGAUGCUUAUGUUGGUGAUGAGGCUCAAUCGAAAAGGGGUAUUUUGACAUUGAAAUAUCCGAUUGAGCAUGGUAUAGUGAGUAAUUGGGAUGAUAUGGAAAAGAUUUGGCAUCACACUUUUUACAAUGAGCUUCGUGUAGCACCGGAAGAACAUCCGGUUCUCCUCACUGAAGCUCCUCUUAACCCUAAGGCGAAUCGUGAAAAGAUGACUCAAAUCAUGUUUGAGACAUUCAACACUCCUGCCAUGUAUGUCGCCAUCCAGGCUGUUUUGUCUCUUUACGCCAGUGGUCGUACAACAGGUAUUGUGCUGGACUCCGGUGAUGGUGUGAGCCACACGGUUCCUAUUUACGAAGGAUACGCCCUUCCACACGCAAUCCUCCGUCUGGAUCUUGCAGGGCGCGAUCUAACAGACGCCCUCAUGAAGAUAUUGACCGAGCGUGGCUACUCCUUCACGACCACAGCCGAGCGGGAAAUAGUGAGAGAUGUGAAAGAGAAACUAGCCUACAUUGCCCUAGACUAUGAGCAAGAGCUAGAAACUGCAAAGACAAGUUCAGCCGUGGAGAAGACCUACGAGCUUCCGGAUGGGCAAAUCAUCACUAUUGGAGCAGAGAGAUUCCGUUGCCCUGAAGUUCUCUUCCAGCCAUCCAUGAUCGGAAUGGAAGCUGCUGGUAUUCACGAGACUACCUAUAACUCCAUAAUGAAGUGCGAUGUGGAUAUCAGGAAAGAUUUAUACGGGAACAUCGUACUGAGCGGAGGGUCAACCAUGUUCCCCGGCAUUGCUGAUAGGAUGAGCAAAGAGAUAACCGCAUUAGCCCCCAGUAGCAUGAAGAUCAAGGUGGUUGCGCCACCGGAGAGGAAAUACAGUGUCUGGAUUGGAGGUUCUAUUUUGGCAUCACUCAGCACAUUCCAACAGAUGUGGAUUUCCAAGUCAGAGUACGAUGAAUCAGGUCCAUCCAUCGUCCACAGGAAGUGCUUCUAGAAUUGAAGAACCAGAGAUAUGUAUUUAUUUAUAUAACUAGUAUUGAUUAUAAAAAAAAAAUGUCAUGUCCUGCAUUUAUCAUUUGCUUUAUUUUCUUUGCGCACGAGUUUUUGUAUUGCUAUUCUUAUAUCCUGGUUUGGUGUUUGGGGUUUGUAUUUGAAUUCAAGUAUAUUGGAAUGCAAGAAACCAUUUUGUAA